AUGACUGUCCAGCUCGAUGCCGGAGUGACGGACUGCUAUUUCGAGAAUAUCCAUAGUAACUCGACCUUUUAUGCUGAAUACCAGGUAACCGGUGGAGGUGGAGAGCUAGAUGUCGACUUUUACAUCAUUUCUCCCGGAAAGACAAUCAUCGUUUCCGAAACCAGGCGAUCAGAAGGAUAUCACGAAAUGAAAGCAACUGAAAGUGGAGACUACGAGUUUUGCUUUAGUAAUGCCUUCAGUAAGAUCUCUUCAAAGACGCUUUAUUUUUACCUCAAUCCUACUCAAGAUAAAUCUUGGAAUAUGAAAACGACAGGUUUACAAGAUGAUGAUUCAAACAUUGAAAAGAUUGAGGAUUUUCUACGAACGACAUCAGAACAUCUUCAAAUGGUACAAAAAAUGCUUAGUGCUUCUACCGCCAAGGAGGCUCGCCACAGAAAUAUUGCUGAAGGCAAUAACUUUAGAGUACAAAUGUGGUCUCUAUGUGAAUGUUUCGUUAUGAUUUCUGUAGCUAUUGUACAGGUCUAUUUUAUCAGACACUUAUUUAAUACUAGUCAUUCACCUAAAGGCAAUCUUAGAACUUAA